AUGGAGGGUGGAGGUGACUGGAGCAUGCUAAAGUGCUCUGGGGGUGCACACGAUAAGACAAUAACUAACCGUGUAAUGCUCAGAUUCCGUCCGAUCGCUCCAAAACCGGUCACUGGAGAUUCAUAUUCCUGUGGUUCCCAGUUUAAUAGCAAGAACUCGGUCGUUACUAGCAAGAGGUCGAAGAGAAAGUACGUUAGGGUUUGUGAGAAAAAUAAUACUAGGAAGAAACGAAUCUUGAAUGAAGCUAAAGAUAAGGAUGAAAAUAAGAGUUUCGUUACCCUACAGUUGAUGCCGGAGAAAGCAGAUCUAAGGGAAUCAAUCGUUGUUGGAAGAUCAUGGGAUGUCGACGAUGAUGAUCCUGAUCGAGCUUUAGGUCUUAAUAAUUAUCGUUUUCAAGAUCCACCAUCGCUGUGCUUGACGUUGAAGAAAAUGAUUGCGGCAGACCACGAGGGGUUGUCCAUAUCCAAUCCGGGGUGGCGGACGAGGAAAACGGUGGUUGGGUCGUCGUUGAUGGUGGAGAGUGUGAUGGAAACUUGCAUUGACGAAGGAGAGAUGGCGAAAUGUACAGACGUGGAGAAAAUGAAGAAUCUCGAAAAGGACACGUGUCCAGGUUUUAUAUCGGAUGGAUUGAACCAGGUCUUGUGGGUGAACCGAGCUUAUAAAAACAUGGUAGGAUUGGAGGACGAGGGGGAGGGGGAAGAACGCUCGGAAAUCGCCGUGGAGUUGGUUGUGAAAGACUGGUUCGUCUUUCCUAGCGGCGCAUUCUCCUGCCGCGCACGGUUGCGGUACGUCGACGAAAACGGUAAGAAUUGCUCGAAAACGGUUCCCUGCGACGUUUGGAGGCUGAGCUACGGUGGAUUGGCAUGGCGGCUGGAUGCCAAGGCCGCUCUCAGUUUGGGACUCUAG